AUGCUAUCCCAAAGAAGUUUGGAUCUCCCGAAAUUCCAGGAGACUGGAUAUACGUUAGAAAUACGGAGCUUGUGGGAUUCGUUUGCCCAUCCAUCCAUUCAUACAUCGGACCUUCGGACCAACGUGCUUCUGUUCAGCAGCCGUGGUCACGGGGGCCUAUGUAUCUACAGUAACCCAGUAAUGAUAGUCGCCCGUCUGUCUGGUCUAUGCUGGCCCGCGGCGGCGUGGGCUACCGGUGUGGUAAGCUCACGACGCCAUUUGUCCAGGCCCCGAGGCCAGCAAUUUUGCAUCCACACCCAUUCGCUUCCAUGCGGACACGACCUCGCCGUCCACUAUAUUAUCCUACCUCUUGCUAAUCCUUAA